CGCAAUAUCUUGACGCAUCGGCGCACGUUUUCCGACUUUUUAAAAUUUCUUUUGUCAAGCCUUCCGGCAACAUUGACGGCCUACUAUCAAAUUCGAGUGCAUGCCAAGCACAAAAAUUAAUCGUGCAUAAAAAUUCAAUUCGAAUACUCCAGUCUGAAGGACAAAAAAUAUAUUAAUGUCUAUAAAAUUUAAUCACUUUCCUAAUCACCAGUAUAAAUAUCUAUACAAAAAAUAAAAACUAUUCACUGACAAUCAAGUUUGUGGACUGGAAUUGAAAUAAAAAAUUAUUCUAAUAACAGUAAAAAGAGAAAAGCUAUUUGAAAAUAAACCAGAAGACGGGAUCGAAAAUUAAAAGAUACAACUGACGUCAAGAGGCUGAAUCAUUUCCCACUCUUGAAACUCCUGGUGGCGCGCAGGUCCGAGGACGUUGUGUUUAUCUCGUCACGACACUCGUCGACGAGAAGAGUACACUUCAUCAGUUCCUAGCAUUCAAGUUUAUUAGUGGAAUUAAUUCAAUAAUAGGUAAUCGAGUUUUUGAAGAUAUAUUCGAUGACCCCGUCUCCUGAAUGUACUCCUUCAGUAAUUCUUUCAUAAAUUCCAAGGAUAUUCCAAUAUUUAACUACUUUCAACUACUUCCGAAUUUAAAGAUGUAAUGUGAUAAAAAAAAUUGGAUUGCAAUGUUUUCAGUAUAUUAUGAAGAGUAUUUGAGUGUUUGAGCAUCUAUGAAGAGGAAAAAAUAUAUAAUAUUUAGAUUUAGAUUGACAAUGCCUGCAUCUCCAGGUGGAUGUUUUAUCAGUGUAAACAGUAAAUCGAGAAAUGACCAUAAAUCGAUUACUUAACUGGAGAUUAUACAUGUUUUAUUUUAUUGAGUUUAUGGUGAAAAGUGAAAAGAAAAAGUUCAUUUGAAAUAAAAAAGUGAAAGUAAAGUAAAUUUAAAAAGGAAAAUAAAUAAAAUGAAGUGACUUAAAUAAAUAUAAAUAUCAUAAAAAAUAUUAUUAAAAGAAGGAAUAAAAAAAGGAGUAAAAAAAAAAUACUUCAAUACGUAAAAGAAGAUAAAAAUCAAUAUGCUCGCCUGUUGGCUAUUAGUUGGUGCUUUUGGCAUAAUAGUUAUUCUCUAUUCUCUAUUGGAGGUUCAUUAUUUUUUGCGUAUGUCCCUAACAGUUCUCUUGGCAAGGUUUUGUAAAAAACCGGUUCACAUUUUAGAUGAAACUACCGUUUACAGUCUUUGUACCACAACAGAUGUUGAUACAUUGUUAUAUCAUAUGAAUAAUGCAAGAUACUUACGUGAAUUGGAUUUUGCUAGAGCUGAUUUCUACGAAAGAACAAGUUUAUAUCGUGAAAUUUGCUCCCAGGGAAAAGGAGUGGUUCAAGGAGCAGCUACCAUUCGUUAUCGAAGAUUUUUAAAACCUUUGUCCAUAUUUCAAAUAAAAUCUAAGAUAAUUUAUUGGGAUGAUAAGUCAAUUUUUAUGGAGCAUAAAUUUGUAACUCCAAAAGAUGAUUUCGUUCGAGCUAUUGCAGUAUGCCGGCAACGAGUAUUAGAUUGUAAUGCUGAAACUGUCAUGUCAACACUUUUAGAACGUGGCGUGAAGCAAAACGGAAGCAUUGAAGCUGGAGUCACGCAGAUAACUCAUGUUAAACCAAAAAUACCACCGGAAGUGGAAAAAUGGUUGGAAAGUAAUGAAAUUUCAUCAGCAACAUUAAGAGGUGUUAUUACAACAAAUACCAAUUAAAGAAAGUUACCAAUUUUUAAUUAUAAUUUUAUUAAUAUAAAUAUCUCAUAAUAUUUAUUUAAAUUUUGUGUAUUUCACCUAUUAUUAUCAUUACUGAUAAAUAUUUAUUAAGUUUAGCAUGACUAUAGUGUGUGAAAUACUCUAGGUUUACCCUAUUUUAUUGAGUGUAUAUUUUAUAAAUUUCAUGUAUAUACUUGUGAGUAUAAAAAUAUUGUAUAGUACAAUAUAAAAGGGAAUAUUUACAUAUAAA